GUGAUGACGUACCGGACGGCGACGCGAGCACAGCGCAACUCCGCGGGCGGAACAACUUUCCCUCGAGCGAGCUGCCGAUCCGCUGCUUUUCUUAUUUUUUAUUAUUUCGCGUGUGUCAGCUGGCUUUGGGGAACCGUGAACCCCCGGAGAGGACCGUGGGGCGCAAGACACCUGGUCUCCGUUAGGGUUUCGCUACUGUUUUACCAAAACAUUGUGUAGCCGAGGAGCUGCGAGCACACAGUGACAGACCGCGGGAAAUGUCGGUACUUCCUGUGCGAUGAAGUCUUGGCGCGACAUAACAGUGGUAAACAACGGGAGGACGCAUAACAACACGCAAACGAGAACUCCUUGAGGAUCUGAGCCACAGCAGCAAUAUGGACGACAUCGACACCAGCGAAAACCCCGGUCUCUUUUUGCCUGAGGACAAUGAGGAUUCUGUGGAUAUCUAUGACGGCCUGGACAGCCCUUUCAGCAGCAAUGGAGAGCAAUUAUCACAAAAGGCAUCGCAGCUGAAGGAAUCAAUGGACCUCUACGAAGAAAUUGUCACAGAGGAACAGCAGAGCAGAGAGACGUCCUACUCGGAGUUGAAGUCCAGAUUCCAGGCAGCUCAAAAUCAAAUCCUUGAGUUACGCAGGAGAGUGGAGCAGAUGCAGCUGCAGAAUACAGGGUUGAACAGCGAGAAUAUUCUUCUCAAAAGGAACAUUUCGGCACUUUUACAAACCGCAAGACAGGAGGUGGCACGAAAAGAUGCUGAGAUUCAGAGGUUGAACCAACAGUCGGUCAAACGUCACCAUCAUCACCAAUCUUACAACAAUAAUCUUCGGGAUCCCAAAUCUACCAGUCAGAGCUCCAUGUUAAGGCCGCCUCCUCCGCCAAUCUCCCGCGCUCCACCGCCCUCCUGUCCUCCUCCGCCAAUCUCCCGCGCUCCACCGCCCUCCUGUCCUCCUCCGCCAAUCUCCCGCGCUCCACCGCCCUCCUGUCCUCCGCCACCACCGCCGCUUCCUCCAGCUCCAUCCGGUCCUCUGCCACCGCCGCCGCCGCCUCCUCCUGCUUCCUCCGGUCCUCCUCCACCCCUACCAGCGUCACCUCCCAGGGAGGCUCAUACCCCCAGCAAUCCUCUUCAAUCCCCAAGAAAAAAAGGGGAUCCGCCCGGCGCCUCCAGCAGGAAAUCCAGUAGCAGUUCAUCAACCCGACACAGUGAAUCAGACAGACACAAGUCUAAGCACAGAGAGGAAAGAUGUCAAAAACCACCUGAGUCGACGGACAGGAGAUAUAGGAGUGGUUCAGAUCCCAACAAGGACAGUUCAGCUCCUGACAAGUACAGGUCUCACAAAGCGGACAAAGACACCGGGCGACAUCAUGACUCCAGAUCGUGUAAAAGCAGGAACAGAUCGGAGCAUUCUAAAAGCCCUCCACCAGAGAGUGCAGGUCUCUCUGAUGACAAGAAAGGGAAGAGACAUCGAGAACGUAGGACAGACUCUGAACACAGUGCAGCUCACGGCUCUAAAGAGGGCCACAGCCGAGUGCACAGGAAAAUCAAGAUCAGCGAUGGACAUGUUAGAAGUUCAGACUGGAAGGACCGGAAAAAGUCCUCUUCAAAUCAGCACGCUGAGUUCUCCAAGGAGAGGGGAGGGGACAAGCUGUCAAACGAUUACGAAAGGAAGGACAGGCAGCGUCUUUAUGAAGAUAAAGACAGCAGAAAGCACAAGAGGAGCACAAGCAGGGAACGCGAGAAAACAAGAUCGAAAGAAUGCGACUUGGUAAAAGUGGACGACGGAAGGAAGGAGAGGCGAGAAAAGACACACAGGGCCGUGAAAGGAUCUGCCGAAGAACCGAAAAGCGCCACUGAGAAAAGCCCUUUGGAGGAGAAUAGUCCAAACAGGAAGUUGUGGUUCAUGGAAACGUUGAACCUUACCCUUUCGCCAAUCAAGAAGCCAGGGCCGCCCUGCGACGCCAACAAAGGUGACCUCACACCAGCGGAACAGGUAUUCGCAGAGAGGCCCGACGAUGAGGGCUCACAGCCCGACAUCGACGACAUGUGUGUGAUUGACGAAGUGAACAGCAGUGAGUUAGAAGCAGGGUUGGACCAUUUGGCAGAAAAGACGCGCGAGAGCGGCAAGGAUGCGAAAGCCGUCCAGGAAAAGGACGAAAGCCCGGGUGACGCUCUCGCUGCCGACCAGCAGCUCGCCGGCAAUUCAGCCCAAACUACCUCAGCGCCAAGCCAAAACCCAGAGGCUGCGGUGAAACGGAGGACGGCGCCGCUCACACCGAUGCCACCGCAGGUCAGUUCUCUCAAAGCAACGGGAACCUCAAGAAUCCACGAGAGCGAGCUGCCAUCGGACAGCCGGCUGCAAGACGGCAGACCUCCGGAAGCUGCGGACGGGGACGAAGAUGCAUCGGCGAGCCGCUCUGAAGAGCGCGCGGGCAGCUCUUCACAAAAGUCUAAUGGCGGAGGCGGAGAUGCUGGAGAUCCCGUUGUGCCGGAGCCAAGCGUGGAACUGAUGUGCAGUACUCCGGAAACCGCAAGACGGAAAAGUGUGGCUUCUGCCGAAGAAGAGUCGUUGCGGGAAAAUGCCGCCGCUGAGGAGGCUGACCGCCAAAGUGAGCGAGUGCCCCCCCCCACUCCGCCCCAGGACUGCCCUCUCGCUUCAGUUUCCCUCCACAAGAGGGACGCCUGCCCGGUGCAGGACGGUCGCAAAGAAGCCGAUGCUGUAUCCAGUACGAUAAGCCUCGACGCCGUUCCGCGAGAAGGGCUGAGUCUGCCUGAGGCCAUUUACGUUCUGACGCGGACAAACGAGGACGGCAGCAGCAACGACGGCAGCGCGGCCGCGGGCUGCAUCGGCGUGUCCAAAGUCAGCAGCACGACGGGGGAGCCGGCGACGGAGAAGCGCGGCGGCCUGUCUUUCACGCCAAAAAAGAGCUUCGCCCCUCAAAAGGGUCGCGAAAACAAGGCGGAGCCUUCCAGCUCUGUGCCGCUGCUUCACGACGAGGACUCCAUGAUGAACACGCUGAGCAAUCUGAAGAGAAUCCCCGACGCCAUCAGCCCUCUGAGGAGCCCAAUACGGAUCACCAAGAGGAGCCAUCUCCACCUGCUCGGCAAGCCGAGUCACGUCAAGAGCCUUCAAAAAGAUUUCUCCCUCGCUCCCGCCGAUGCCAACUCGAAGAAGUUAGACGUCAACAAAGAAAACAAGUAUCCGGGCUCUCCUGCAAACCACGACGCUGCGAGCCCGCUGGACGGGGCGUCCGACCCGCCCUCCAGUCUCUCUGAAGCCGAGCUGGAGGACGGCGAGAUUCUGAGCGAGAGCGAGGAGGCGGUCGCUGCCGCUCCGGCGGCCAAGAGGGCGAAGUUGGCGCAGCCCGCCCCGAACCAACCGAGUCCUGCCACUCUGUCAAGAAGGAAAUCGGAAGGGAGGUGUGCGACGCAGAGCCCAAAGAGACGCUUUAAGACGGUCUGUCCCGCGGCGAGCAAAGCCUCUUUUUCCUGCACGGAGGAAGUCAUGGAGACGUUCAAGGCGGUUCGCGCCGAGAUCCGAAAGAAGUACAUGAAGCUCCACAAGACGUUUCCCAAGAAGAGCUUCUACGGCGUCAUGGACAACUUCCAGGAGUCUUUUCUAGAGUUUGUCGACGGCGCUCAUUUCGGUCAAAUUUGCGAUCAGGCGGCCGAGCUGAAGUCCGUCCUGAAGAAGCUGAUCGCGUCCGUGUUCGGCAAAGUGUCCAACAACGGCAUCGUGAAACGCAUCUUUGAGCAGCAAGCGGUCGAUCUGAAGCAGCGGCUGUGGGACUUUGUGGACGUCCAGGUCGACUACCUGUUUAUGGACAUUCUCGCCGCCCUGAAGGGCGCCUGCAAACCGGCCGGGGGCGGCGGGCCGACCACCAAAGAGAAAGGCCCGAGGAGGCCUCCGCCGAAGAAGCCGCCGCAGUGUCAGCAGACGGAGGGGCGGUCGCCUCCGGGCGGCGCGCCUCGAGCCGGACCGCGCGCCGCCGCGCCGUACAAAACGGGCCUGGGAAGCCGAGGGAAGGACAUCAGAAUCACGCACGGGGAAAAAGACCGAAAUGCCGAGCUUCAUUGCGCAAACAACACAAAUGCACAAACCGUAGCCGUCUUCCUCCCGGCGAGGAACGGCCCCUCCACCCCAGACAAAAAGAGUAACGCGUCGUCGCUGGUCGUCUCUCAAAGCGGCGCCUCGCUCGACAAAACCGACUUUGAGCUCCUCACGGAGCAGCAGGCCUCCAGCCUGACGUUCAACCUGGUGCGGGACACUCAGAUGGGAGAAAUCUUCAAGUGCCUCCUGCAGGGAUCCGACCUGCUGGAAGCCGGCGGCGCAGCCGGAGACGCCGCGUCCUGGCCCCUCGGUACGCCGAGGAAGGACGGCGAGAGGCUCAUCGGCAUCGCCACGCCGACCAAAUUCGACUCGCCGUCCAAACUGCUGUCCCCGAUCAAGUUCGACACGCCCUCCAAACUCAUAGCCACGUGGUCCAGCAUCUCCCCCCGCAGGGCGUCCCCGCGGGCCAGAGGCCGGCUCCACCUCAAUCCGGCCGUGUUCGACGAAAACUGCCUCCUGGAAGUGCCGACGGGGAGCCGAGUGGCGGCGCAGUCCGGCGCGGCCGCGCAGCUGACGUACUCCAUCCUGUCCGAGGACCUGGCGGUGUCCCUCACCAUCCCGUCGCCGCUCAAGUCCGACGGCCACCUGAGCUUCCUGCAGCCGUCGAGCGUGCACCUCAUGUCCACCCCGGACAGCGUCAUCAGCGCCCACAUCAGCGAGGACGCCCUGCUGGACGAGGAGGACGCGUCGGAGCAGGACAUCCACCUGGCCCUCGACACGGACAACUCCAGCUGCUGCUCCAACAGCGGCAGCGGCGAGGCGCUCGCCACCCCGUUCGUGUUCAAGCCCGACCUGCCCAUGCAGGCGCUGGUGAUGGAGCGGUCCAACGACCACUUUGUUGUGAAGAUUUGCCCGGCGGCCCCCGGCGCGGACAGCACGCUCAUCGCCGAGGACAGCUUGAGUCGGACGCUGACGGAGGACGGCCACGCGGAGACGGAAGACGGACGAGCCAAAGCGGUUCCUCAGUCCACUGGUGCUCUGUCCGAUAGCGGCUCAACAAUAACUAAAGGCUCAUCCCCUCAACGGAACACCUCAGACGGUCGUCUUUCUUGGCGUUCGCAGAAAACGGAAAAUCCGCCCAAAACCACUUCAGAUUUGCACAACAGCGUUCUCGUCACAGUCCCUGGCGAUGAGAACGCGAGUCACAGAGACGAACCGCCGACUCAACAGAGUCCCUCAAAAGUGGACUCCUCGGGAUGUCGAGACGGGACCAGCUCCUCAAAAACGGCAAUAGAUAACGGCCGACCCGAUGAAAGCCUUGAAAAUGACCAAGAGCACCAGGCGGCGGCGCACGCCUCUGACUCCCAAAGCGCCGCCGCCGCACGGGACUCUGAACUCUGCCAGCCAGAGAACAAUGGAAAGGACAAAGGCAAGAAGCGGCGGAAGCGCCAAGAGAACUCCAAAGCUAAGCGGUCACGGAGGGAGGAGGAGCAGGAGCAGGAGAGUGCGGGGGAGGUCGCCUCCGACUGCAGGAGAGACGACGGCGAAUCCAAAUCCUUCCCGGCGCCUCUGUCCCCCAACAGCCUUCAUGCCAAGAACGUCAUCAGGAAGAAGGGCGAGGUGGUGAUGGCGUGGACCAGAGAGGAAGACCGAGCCAUUCUCAUCGGUCUGAGGACUAAAGGGGCCUCACGGGAGACUUUCUCUGGCUUGUCAGAGAAACUCAAUAAGCCGUCGGAGCAGAUCGCCCACAGAUUCAACCAGCUCAUGAAGCUUUUUAAGAAGCAGGAGAAGAUGGACCCGUGAGUCCUCGUUUCAAAGAGUCCCCACGUGCACACUCGUGCUGUUCAUGUGACAAGAAGCCGGAGGAAAGUGGGGGGGGGUCUGUCAUGACCCGGAGCCCUGCACCGUCCCGCCGACACAAACAUUAGCUUGGCUCUGUUUUUCCAAACACAAGUCUUAAUUUCAGUCGCUGACCAGAAGUAAUGUGUUCUGGACAGCGACCCAAGACCGGAUAUGGAAAAGAAGGGAACAACUGACGAGCCAGAGGGUUGUGAACGGUCAUCAGUAUUACUGUUUUUCACCCACAGCGCUUUCACCACAACAAGUCCAGAUCUGAAGUCACGUUGUCCUCAACUGAGCGUCUGAACGCCGUGGAGAUGCGAUGCGUCACAACAAUGGAAGCCUCAAUUAGUCGUCCACUCGUGUUCUUCUCAAGAGGAACUGCCUUCGGACCGCGAUACUUCCAGGUUCAAGUUCCCCCGGAUUUUCUUUGCAUCACGCCGCUGGUAGAGGUGGAGCUGUGGGACUGAUGGAUGCAUUGAAGGGUUGACAGUAGUCUGCCUUGUAUCUUAUUUUACUGGAUGUAUUUGUAUACUGGGGGUGGACGAGUGCCCGAAAUAUUUGGAAGUUGUUGAAAUGUUUACAUGUCAAAUCCAUGUACAGGACAUUACAUUUAUCUGUUAAUACAAACGUUUUAGUGGCUUUUUGUUUGAUUCACCCUAUUGCUUGUGAACAGAAUGGAAUGCAAUAUUGUGUGUGGUUCUUUACUGAAAAUAAAGUUUUAUUUAUUUA